AGAUAGAGGAGGUAGGAGGAGAUAGAGGAGGGGGUAGGAGGAGAUAGAGGAGAGAGAGGAGGAGGCUGCGCUGCUGCGGUCGAUGCGGACGUCGUUAAGAUGCAGUGCGCGUCCCCGCCUCGCGUGUGAGAGCCAACCACUGAGCAUUGAGUGGCGGCAGCAGCAGCAGCGAGAGGAGGAAGACCGAGAGGAACGCCAACAGCGGCAGCAGCAGCAGCAGCAGCGGCGGCGUCUUCAUCACCGGUCGCGGCUGCGCGCGGACAAAGGAGCCAGGAGCCCCGCCGCUCGCCCGGCCCGCGCCGCCCAUGGGCGCUGCAGCGCCGCCGCCCUGCCGCUGCUGGAGCCGGGAGAGCGUCGCGCGUCACCAUCACCACCAUCAUCAUCAUCGCGACCCCGCGGGGCGGCGGCGCCAGCGAUGACAGCGACGACGAGGACGACGAGAGCGGCCCCUCGGAUACCCACCACCCUCACCACCCUCACCAGCCUCACCAGCCUCGCCACCCUCACCCUCCUCACCCUCCUCCUGGUGGUGGCGGAGCAAGGGCUGGCGGCAGCCAGACCCGCAGUGGUGGCGCGCGGCGGCUGGGCGCAGCGCGAGCUGACGAGGCCGAGCCGCUUGCUGUUCCGCGUGGAGGACGCACAGCGCGAGAGCGCCGCGCCCGGCGGCCACCUCCUCUCCACGGUGCUGCGCGGCGCUGCCACGGACUCCAAGCAGCAGCAGCAGCACGCACAGCACGCGGCGCUCGCCAGCUUCCUGGUGCCGGCGUUCGGAUCCUCCUUCACCCUGGACCUGCAGCUCAACCAUGACCUGCUUGCCCUGGGCUAUCGGGAGCGGCAUUUUGAUGAAGAUGGGAAACCCGUUGAGAAGCAGGGCGGGGAGCUGUGCCACUACCACGGCAAGCUGAGAGGGAUUUCCGACUCCUUCGUUGCUGUGUCCACGUGCCAUGGGCUGCAUGGGAUGUUUCACGAUGGCAACCACACGUACCUGAUCGAGCCCGCGGGACUCGCGGACGCCCAGGAGGCACAGCCACACAUUGUCUAUCGAGGAUCAGACCAAGAUGUUCAGGCGUUCCUUCCUGAGCUGGGUCAGACUGGAGGCCUGAACAUGAGUGCUGGGGGGCUGGGCCUACUCAACAGCGCCAAGGUGCGAGUUCGCAGGGAAGCGGAGGUGGAAAUGAAGUACGUGGAGCUGACCAUAGUGAAUGACCACAUCAUGUUCAAGAAGCAUCGCCAAAUACUGGGCCUCACCAAUAACUACGCCAAGUCCAUCGUGAACAUGGUCGACGCGAUCUACAAGGAGCAGCUGAAUACGCGGGUGGUGCUGGUGUCCAUGGAGACCUGGACAGACGAGAACCGUAUCACUGUGAGCACCGAUCCGCUGCAGACGCUGCGCGCCUUCAUGAAGUAUCGGCGGCAGUCCCCGCGUACCGACGGAGACACGGCCCACCUGCUCUCGGGGCUGAUGUUUGAGAGCAGCCACAGCGGUGUGGCCUACUUCGGUGGGGUGUGCUCCCUGCAGCGCGGCGGUGGCGUCAAUGAGUAUGGGAAUGUCGGAGCCAUGGUGGUUACUUUGGCCCAAGGCAUCGGGCAAAACCUUGGUAUGCUGUGGCACAAUUCUAAAGCAGCAGCAAGAGGAGGAGGCUGCCAGUGCACCGACAUCUGGUACGGCUGCAUCAUGGAAGUCACUGGGCAGAUGUUGCCCAUGAGGUUCUCGCAGUGCAGCAUCGAUGAGUACCAGGAAUUCCUUCAGGCUGGGGGGGGAGCUUGCCUCUUUAACAAGCCCACACAGCUGUUCGAGCAGCCCGAGUGUGGCAAUGGCUUUGUGGAGCUGGGAGAGGAGUGCGACUGUGGCUCGCCCACCGAGUGCAGUGAAGGCUGGGACAAAUGCUGCAAGAAAUGCACCUUCACGCACGGGGCCAUUUGUAGCAGCGGCCUGUGCUGUGCCCCCAACAGCUGCCAGUUUAUUACUCGCGGUGAGGAGUGCCGCCACGCCGUGGGGGAGUGCGACUUGCCCGAGACCUGCCCCGGCGACUCCGUGCAGUGUCCCCCAAAUGUUCACAAACAAGAUGGCUACAGCUGCAACAAGGAUGGGCGAUGCUACAUCGGGCAGUGCAAGACUCGGGAGAAGCAGUGCAAAUACAUUUGGGGAGACAAGGGAAUGUCGUCGGAGAGGCAGUGCUACGACAAGCUGAACAUCGAAGGCACCGAGAAGGGAAACUGCGGCAGGAAGGAGGACUCUUGGUUACAGUGCAGCAAGCACGACGUGCUGUGCGGAUUCCUGCUGUGCACGAACGUGAGCCGUGAGCCACAACUGGGCGAGCUGCAGGGAGACUCGGUCAAGGUCUCUAUUCGACACAACGGCCAUUUACUGGAGUGCAGCGGUGGCCACAUAAUGCUGGCCGAUGGUUCAGAUCUGGGUUAUGUUGAGGAUGGCACGCCCUGUGGACCGGAUGUCAUCUGCCUGGACCACAAGUGCCAACCGCUUCAGGCCCUCAACCUGUCCGGCUGUCCCUCCGUCAUCCAGGGCACCGCGUGCUCAGGACACGGGGUCUGCAGCAACGAGGCGCGGUGCGUGUGUGAGCGGCACUGGGUCGGGAACGACUGCAGCAUCUACAGCCCCAUCCCAGAGGUGGUGCCCACCAAGGGGUCCGAGGGCCCUUCCCGGGUGAGCCAGGCCACUAACAAGCUUAUAGGGGCAGUGGCAGGAACCAUUCUGGCGCUGGGAGUGAUAUUUGGAGGAACUGGGUGGGGACUAGAGAAUAUCCGCAAGAGAAGACAGAAGAAGUCUGGAGACGUGGACUCGGUGUACAGCGGCGUGCCGCCAGGCGUGAGCUCCAACUUCUCCCCAACAAACUCACGAAAGAGAUCCAAUGGCAUCUCGCACUCGUGGAGCGAGCGCAUCCCCGAGGAGAAGCAGACGCCUGACGUGUGUGAGAACGGACGGCCACGUAGCAACUCCUGGCAGGGAUCGGUAUCAAUAUGUCGGAAAAAAGGCAAAAGCAAGUUCCGCCCACGCUCCAACUCCACUGAGUAUUUAAACCCCUGGUUUAAAAGAGAGUACAAUGUAGCUAAGUGGAUAGAAGAUGUGAAUAAAAAUACUCAACCACAAUAUAUACGGACCCUCUCUCCGACUAAGUCUCCUUCGUCCUCCACCGGCUCACUGGCUUCCCGCAGGGAGCCGUACCCCCUGCCGCCCCUUCCCGACGAGCUGCUGCACCCUCCCGAGAAGCCACUCAGCCCACGGUUGUACGAAACGUCCAUUUGAGGAGGCCGACCGGACCGUGGGGGCGAGGCUGCAGGCGGUGCCCUGUGGAGCUCCCCCCGCGCCCUUCCUCGCCUGGCCUUCUCCGAGCACCUCUUCCCUUUACAUCAAAAAGUCCACAAUCCUCUCCAAGUCAUUUCAGAAACAGGCAUGUGUUGUACCUGCUGACACUGUAACGCAUUUGUUUCUAUGGAUUUUGUGAUACCCACUAACAUUGUGUAAAAAAGAAAAAAAAGUGUGAACUAUUUCCAUGUUGCACAUCACUCAGUGUAUGGUGUUUGGCUCGCUCUAGGGUACCAGCCCAGUAUGCAUGGAACGUUGGACAAACGUUGGCCCAGCGGUUCCAACCAUAUGCCAACGUUGGUUCUAAUUUGCACAUUCACUGGGAAGCAGCUUGGCUUUCUUUGCUCUCAGAGUAUGCUGGCUUUGUCCCAGGCAUGGUCUCUAAUUUUAGUCAUUGUUACAUACUGUACAUGUUACAUACAUGUAACACAUACAUGUUACAUGUAUAUAGACUAAUGCUACUGCGCUCACCCAACCAGCACAAGCUUAGUUUCAUGUUUGAAACUACGUGCAUAACGAUGAAUAUAUAAUAUUGCAACUUGUAUAAAUAUGUACAUAGUCUUAAUAUGUUAUUGCAUGGCAAGUGCUGGUUACAUUUUAUGCGAUGACAUUUGUUAAUUUGCACUGACUCUAUCAAUGGAAGCGAAUCAUAUACACAUAUUGCUGUUGGCUUCGGUACCAAUGAAUCACGUUAACCACGAGUGUGCGUGUGUACAUGAAUCAAGGUGCAUUCGGGGAGCAAGGCUGCAAAGUCUGCACCCUGGUGGGUGCUUACAAGUCCCUCUGCGCCCCUUAACGAGCCGGUUAAAACUCCCAGAUGCUCCACCCAUAUGCACAGCUUGAUGUAAAAUAUGCUCCUAUCUUUCCAAACAUCUGGUGGCACUUGCGACCCAGCACAGACAGUGGGUUGAAGCGAGUCCACAGUUGCUCUUUGUGAACCUCUGUACGGUGCGACCAACACCCACGUUGGGAGCCAGUGGCGAAUCCAGGGACUUGCCAGGGCAGGAGGGUUUAAUAAAACACAUAAUUCAAUGCAUGGUAAAUAUCAAUACAAUCACAAUGUUUUGGGUCUCAAUAAUAACAUACUCGACAUUGUAAGAAAUAAUCACCACACACUUUCAUUAACCGAUUAGUUAUCUAAAUGACACAAAACGACCUCGCUUGAACUUCCACACCGGCACUGCUGUAUUCUUGCAUUGGCAUCAACUCAUUGAAGGCUAAGAAAAUACGGCCGUAAUGCAUCUGGACACUUGCUGAACAAGUAAAUGGUUUAUUAAUAAUUAAGGGUGUAAAAUAUGUUUCGGUAUAUGGACGAUUCUACUUGUGUUAAAUUCGAAUCAAAGAGCAAACGUCAACUUGCAGAACCAAGAGUUACCCAAUCUUUAAUAAGGUCAGCUUUAAGCUUGGAUUCAUUUUCUGUAAUUAUUUACAAAACAUAUACCAAAUGCAGUCAGUAAAUUUAAUUUACACAAUAUAUCAUAUGCUUUUGGGUUAUUCACAUAUCAUAUUGUAUGACUAUAUUCAAAACAAGUAUAAUUUAUAUGAAAUUCCAUAUUAGCAUGCACAUAUUACAUAAACAUUCGCAUGUUAACAUAUUCAUAGGCUUGCCAUUGACAUAACCUAUACAUAACCACAAUAAUGCCCUCAACGCAAACAUCAUCAAUGAAAACACCCUUGGUGUAGCUCUAUAUUUUGGAGAGUGGAACUCGUACGGGAUUGUGAAAAGGUUUUAUGGCCACAGCAAAAGUGUGGUUCGUUCGGUUUCCAUGAACGUGUUAACGAAACGUAUUGGCACAAGAGCCCGGCUCACUCUGCAAGGCGACGCAUUUCCAUUCUUCAGCCGAGGGCGCCGAUGCCACGACUCCGGUAAAGAGCCAGCAGCAGCCUCGUCUCAGAACGCCUUCACCUGUCACGCGGCUGUGUCUAAUAGGUGACUCGUGGCCCCGCGAAACGCUGCACAGCAGAACCCAGUCCACUGUCUUGGGCUCUCCAUUGAACUGCUGCCAUCUGCCUCGAGACGUGAAACAGCUCCUGGGAACUGAAGAAUUCAAUAUUGCACAACAGUUGUUAAGUGUUACAAGUGGCGACGACUUGGCUCACUGUCAUUCUGUAUACAGUACUUGUACUUAAUUUAUUCUGCAUGGUAUAAUUCUGUACUAAAUACCAAAUAUAAACUUCGUACAUGUGCUAGCCCUAACCAGUGCUGUUAGACAGCUUUACACGCAAUACGUACGUAUACGUCGAUUCAGUAUUAAAUCAGUAAGCAGGACUGUAUGCGACAACAAUUUUGAGUGUUAACAUUUACAACAGUUUCAUUAACACCGUUUCCUGCUCAAAAUUGUGUAGCCACAACACAGUGUAUUACCGAGACAUUCCAUUGCGGCUAAACUGCGAGAAUGAAUGGCCAGAGGUUUCUGUGAGCAUGUCUCCUCUGCUCUGCUGUCCCCGUGUAAUGGAUGUAAAUAUGGUGCAUGGACACGUGCGGCCGCAUUCCACAUCAAUAAAGCUUGUACAGUG